UAAUAAAAUAUUAUUAAUGUUUUAAUGUUUUCUAAAAAAAAUCGACAAAAAGAAGAAUAAGAUAAGAAAAUUUGUUACAGAUUAGUCUGUUAUUAAGAGAAUUGUCCGUGAUUUUGAAGAACACUACUCUUUAAAUUUGAAUCAGUGAAAAAGUACUGAAAAAUCACUAAUUGAGUCAGUACCUAUAUAAUCUAACUAUAAUUUCACUAAUAAUCUAUAAUUAAAUUAUUAAUAUUAAUUAUAAUUACUUGGGACUGAUGCAUUGAAUGAAUAAUCAGUGACUAUGUACUGAUUCAGAUUUAGAGAGUAUAUAUAAUAGUGUUCUUGUAGCUUUAUCAUAGAUAAAAUAGAUAAAAUGAUAAAUCAGCACGACUGUUGCAAAACUAUAAAGGAAAAAGGAUUUAUGGCACACAGACUUUCGUAUAAAGUUACGUAACAAUAAUUGCGUAAUAACACAUGUGCAGAUUAUUUCGUACAGAAGAAAAUUAUUUUAAGAAAGCCUCGUAUGUGACAUAAAAGUGAAAGUAAGGUAUGUAAAUUAUGCAAUGAGAUGGAACUGUCGGUGACAACCAGAAAGAGUGUAAAACACGAGUAAACAAAUAAGAUGAUGCGGAUGAUUCUGUCUCACAACAAAACGUGUUCGAGAGAUUAAGGAGAAAAGGGUCAAUCUAUUACGUUCCACUUGAGUAAAUUUUAAAGCGUUAAAUUCCUUGGCUCGUUAAGCUCGAAAUUGAUCGUCGGCAAUUGGUUUUUCGUGAUCCGUCACGACGGGCAGACGACCCGUCGCUCCCGUGAGCUCAUCGAUUAUGCAUCAUAUGAUUUGAAUUUGCAUUACGGAAUGUCUGUUUCUGCGAAUGUAUUAUACACACACACACACGAGCCGGGUGUAAGCCGAAAGUGGGGAAGUACGUGGACGUGAAUCCAUGAAUCGGAGGAGGAUGGACCGAUCCAGGACGACCGAAAAGGAAACGAGAACGAGAGAGCGAAGGCGCGCGCAGCGCGUCUCUUUCACUUCGCACACCGACACAUCAUCGUUUCGUUCCUGAGAGUCUUCCAGGCGACCUAACGCGAUCGCCAGCUGCUUACACCGCGAUCGGCUGCUUGACCACUCGUGUUCUCCUUACGGUGCGCGGCAUCCGCCGAUAUCGCGUUGUCGAGCGUGCAGCCAGUUCGUCGGCCGCCGCCCGAAAUUUCGGGAGAAGUGAAACGGAAGUGCCUCUUUCGCGCCGGUCCGAGGGAAUUCUUCGCAAGUGGAUCGGCUGAUUUAUCGGCGAUAAUAAAUAUCUAACUCAUUCACGGAAGUCCAAGGUCUUUCUGAAGUUCUGAAGAAGAUUCAGAGUUUCGUAUAGGCUGUACGAUACCGUGCAAGAGAGCCCAAUGCUCGCGGUGGAGAAAGAAAAACGAUGACAGGAUGUCGAGUGUGGGGGAUAAUUUUACUCGCAGUCAUAUGGAAAACGACCGCGUACGCAAACGCCACGAACGUCGCGCAAAUCUAUUCAAAUGACGAAGACGAGAAAUCGUUCGAGCUGAACAAAUAUAUUUAUUCCUGGACAGGGCCAAACGCGCUGGCUAGGUCGGCCUUGGUCGAGAGACAGGAAAGGCUGCAAUAUAAUUGCGAGCUUGAAAGUAACGAGGUCGAUAUCCCCGCGUUAAAUCCGGAAUUAUUUCGAAAUAUUCUCGUGGAUGAUUUGCACGAAUUGCUCUACUGCUACGUACCGAAGGUGGCUUGCACAAAUUGGAAGCGCGUACUAAUGAUCGCGACCGGGAAGUGGUCCGGCAAUGAUCCUUUAGAGAUACCGGCCGAUCAAGCUCAUUCCCCCGGUACUUUUCAACGAUUGAACAAUUACACGCUGCCCGAGAUACAGAAAAAAUUGGCGACAUACGACAAGUUGAUUGUCGUGCGACAUCCCCUCGAGAGGCUUUUAUCGGCUUAUCGAAAUAAAUUGGAGACCAAGCAUGAAAAAAGUGCGAAAUAUUUCCAGACUCGCUUCGGCAAGAAAAUCGUCAAGAGAUACAGACUGAACGCGACCGAGGAGUCUCUGAGGAACGGUGACGACGUAACGUUUCGCGAGUUUGUCGAUUUUGUCACCGACGACAAUACCGAGAACGGAACACGAAAUGAACAUUGGAGACCGGUAUACGAUCUGUGUCAACCGUGCAUAGUUAAUUACAAUCUCAUAAGCAAAUACGAGAGUUUGGUCGAAGACGCCACGGAAGUUCUCGAACGGAUAGGCGUCACAUCUGUAAAUUUUCCAGCUAGACCGCCAAGCAGCGAGCCGACCUCGAGAAAACUGGACAGAUACUAUUCUACCCUGAGCUACAAACAGCUUCGUAAGCUGGCAGAUCUAUACAAAUUAGAUUUAAGGCUGUUCGACUACUCGUUGGAGGACGUGCUGGGAUUCUCCUUGGCUUAAGACGCUCGUUAAUAACAGAAGUAGAUGUAUGUGAUACGUGUAAACUGUCACAUCACUGAAAGUGAUAUGACCAAACACGCUGAUUCAUUAGGAUGAAUUAUUAAUAUUUAGGAUGAAUAAUUAAUAUUAAUACAUUUUGUCAAUUCAAUAAUAUGGAAAACAUUCUAUUUUAGAAUUUUUAACUUAAAUCUCGAACGGCAGACUUUUAAGCUGUUUGUUGGAGAUUCUUUUGUCGAUAAAGCCUCAUACUACCUCUUUUAUAAACGGUAUGAAAUAUUUAUAAAAUCAACUACUUAUAAAAAAAAUAUGUAUAUUGUAUAUUACAUAUUAAAUACUUAAGUAUAUUACAUGACAUAUUUCGUUUUGACAUUUUAAUUUGUUUUUUUUAUUGAGCCAUGUGGCAAUUCGACUAUAGAUAUUAAUAUGAAUGAAAAAUCAAAAAUACCUAGUUGUAAGGUGUAUAAUCUCUAAAAUGUACAUAUGUACAAAGAUAUAUUAAAUGUGCAAAUGUAUACGUGACUGAAAUAUAAAUCGUUCUAUAAAUUGCGAAAUAUGAAUUGCAUAUUCUCUCAUUUUAUAUAUUUCUUGUAUAUGUAAAAAAUUACAUAUAUUAAACUUUUAAAGGUUACCGCUUUACAUGUUAAUUAUGCGUUAUUAAUUUUAUCGUCAUAUUUCACGGUCGAAAUAUAUUCAUAUACAUAUAUUUAUAAGUACUCGUAUAUAGAUGCAGUACCUCAGAACUAUUUAUUUUUGAAGUUAUGGCGUUUUAAAUGUAUAGCGGUGCCUCGUGCCAAGAAUUUAGGGAUAGUAAAGCGAAUAAAAGAACUCGUUUCGCCUGUGCCAAGAAAGAAUCACUGUCAACUUCUUACAAGUCGGGUUUCGUAAAAGUCAUAUGAGAUGUACGCCGCAAUUUUUAUAUCGGUACGCAAUUUAUAGAACGAAAUAUUAUCUUAGGAUAAUCUCUAUUUAUAUGCGCACCAUGUGUACCGUGAGUUAAUAAAAGUAAUAAAAGUUUCGCUUUUCGUUAUUUUCGUAACGUAAAUUGUGUCAUAUCGUGUCCAAAGUUAUUGCUUUGAACGCAGCCAUAUUUGAGUGCCUGUAUGUAAAUAGUAUUGUAGUGCAAGGAUAUCUUCAAUUAAGAAAUAUCUGCAGAAAGGAUUCCACAGAGAUCAGAAAUUAUGUGUAGUUAGUAGUUACCAACUAAUUAAUUAUUCUUCGUAGAUAAAAUUGUACAUAUGUAGCAUUGCAAACAACAUGCGAAUAUUAUGUAUAUUAUGUAUUCAACAAUAAAAUUGUAAUUAAGACCUU